AUGACUACCACAUCGGAGCAGUCUGCUCCGACUGGUCAACAUUAUAUCAGCGAGAAAUGGCCAAUUUCGACAGAAGACGCAUCAGCAAAUCCUUCACAACCCGACCAUAACACCCACCUGCAUACUUCUCGCGACGAAUCCGAUGCAACGCCCCAGACGCAGGACAAUGCGCCCACGAAUUCGAACGACGAAAAGCCAAAAGCUGCCGCCGAUGAUGAUCAGCCAGCAGGAGGCUACGAUGAUACUCCCAUUCCGAAACGUCCGGCUGGUUACACUUUGAAAUUCACUUUCCACAAUGCAGCCAAUCUACCCAUCGGCGACGUCAACACCUUUGCGUCGGAUCCUUUCGUCCUGGCCCAGCUGAACACCGACGUGCCCACUCGACACAAGGAGGACCCGUACCUCCGCUAUCGCACAAAAACGAUACAAAAGGAUACAGCACCUGUCUGGGAGGAUGAUUGGAUUGUUGCAAAUGUGCCGUCCACGGGCUUCAAGUUAAAACUGCACGUGUACGAUGAAGAUCCUGCCGAUUCGGAUGACCUAUUGGGAGGAGUCCACAUCACUGUACCGUCCCUUGAUGAUCAUUGGGAAGGUCUUCACAGAGAGGUUUACAAAAUUAAGACGCAUGGUGGCAGCUGGCGAGCGUACACCCUGCAAGCGCUUACAACUUGCAUGCGCGCGGAUAAAUCCCUCCGAGGCGACCUCACUGUCAGCAUCGAAAUGCUCGGCCGCACAGAAGAGGACGGGCAGAAUGGACGUCUGUAUACUGUCGGGCCUUGUCGGUGGAUCCGCCACUAUAGUCCCAUCUUGGGACGUCUCGUGAACACCACAGGUGCGCAAGCACACCAGCAAGCUAAGGCUCAGCAGUCGGAUGCGCCCUCGCCUGAACAGAAACAGGUCAAGCAAUACAAUUUUCAAGCCAAUCAGAUACAAUUGCAGGGUCCUGUCCCAGCGGAGCUCUAUCAUCGCUACGUUGAAUUCAAGCCUUGGGUCAAAAGAAUGUUCACUUCGUCUGGGCUCUCAGGGAUCAUCCUCGGCAAAGCGCUGCAUCAUCAGCACUCGCGUGUCUACAAUUUUGGCCGCUCCACCGAUCGUGGCACCUUGCCAGAAGGAAAACCCACUGAAGAGCUAACCAAACGAUUCCUCGACCUAGUCCACUACGACGAAGGUGGGCGCAUCUUCACCUAUGUUCUUACCCUUGAUGCGCUCUGGCGUUUCACCGAAACAGGUAAAGAGUUUGGCGUGGACAUGUUGAGCAAACACACCAUGCAUAGCGAUGUGAGUAUUUACAUUGCUUUCAGCGGAGAGUUCUUCAUCCGCCGGGUUAAGCACCCAAAGCAGCCUCCUCCGCCUGAACCAAUUGAAUCUUCUUCCCAAUCGCAUCCACCGCCGCAUUCUGCCAACGCUUCUCACCCUCCCGACUCAUCCCUCCCUUCCGGCCCUCCAAACGACGACCCUCUUAAAGAACCAUACUACUACCAAUUGGUCAUCGAUAAUGACAGCGGAACAUACCGACCGAACGCCGACCUUCUCCCGAAACUGAAAAGCUUCUUGGCGAGAUCGCUCCCUGGCAUACACAUUCUCACCUUAGAUUGCCAGGCAGAUGCUGAGAAGAUGGGCAAGAUGAAACAAGAACAGCGAGAUAGGAAAAAAGCCGAAGGCAAUCGGAUUGUUUACAUGCAAAGACGGGGAUCAGCAAACUCUAGUCUGUCAAGUUCGGACGAGGAAGAUUUGGAUGCCUUGCAGGCGGGUUUGGACAUCGAUGAUGAUGAAAUCGGAGGCCAGGAUGGUACGACAAGCAAUGGCAUUAAACGCGCAGUGGCAGAAGCGAAGUUCAAAGGGAAGUCAAAGGUCGGCAAGGUGGGUCGGCACUAUGGCUUGAAGGGACCCUCCGCCACGUCUACGACGGCAGAAUCGGGUGGGACUGCCGUAGAGCAUGUGAGGAGAACAGGGCCGAAGAAUGAAUUCAAAGGCUCUGAGGCCGGCGGAGACGGCUCUGGUGGAAACGGCUAUACUGGUAACACUUCUGGUGAUGCCUCCGGUAGCGGAGGUGGCUCAGCUGGCGGAGCGGAUGGUGGUGGUGGUGGCGGUGGUGGUAGUGGAGGGAUCAUCCUACUUAUGACGCUGUGGGAAGAAUGGUUCGCGCCUGGCGACAUACGCGCCAAGCUCCGACAUGAGAGGCGCCAGCAAGAUUCCGGGUCCUUGACGUCAAAGACGACACCAAAUUCUCCAUCAUUGACAGAAACGAACCCUCGACCACCACCACGACAACGUCUUACAUAUGCCCAGCGCGAAUGGCGCAAGGGCAGCAUUUUUCUUGGUGGACUAGCUUUCACCAUCGCUUCGCUCACGCUGACACGACGAGCGCUACGCAAACGCAUCUAUCUCCCUACGCCGCCAUUCUAUCAACCUUCGCAUAAUGGGCUACCACCAGUUUCCGGUGGAGUGGAGGCUGCCGAUGCGCUAUUUCUCGCGACGCUGAAUGUUACCGCACUAGGAAUGGCGAGUGUCGGCACGUUCAUGGUCGGCUGGGAUGUGGCAGAAGUGGAAGACCUGCGCGCAGCAGUCAAUCGCGGUGCUGGGUUCGAUGUGUAUGGCGGAGACAAGGAGGCAGAUAAAGAGAUCGAGGGUUGGGUCCAAGAGAUGUUUGUCAAGAAGAAGGACGAGAGCGACAGCAGCGGUGCUGUAGAGAACGUUCAGGUGGGUGUGAAGGAGAUGAUGGAGCAGGGUGGGUUGGUUGCAAAAUUGGGUCAGCUAGCGAGCCUCGCAGAAGAACGAGAGCAGCGGAAAAAGCAGGAAACGGUCGGAGAAAUUGAUGAGAAAGCGCACCAGGGAGGUUCAUCGUGA